AUGAGACCCCAGAUUAUUGAUAUCACACAGCCUAGCCAAGGGACCCCUGAAUUGGGGGCCGGGAGCGAGGGUAUCCAGGAAAAACCAGAUCUUGUUCCCGAGCGGCAGGAUGCGUUUGGCGACGAGGAGCAUGCAGAAGUGAAAUAUAAAGUAUUGAAGUGGUGGCAAGGAGGCCUGCUGAUGGUCUCGGAGACCAUCUCGCUUGGAAUCCUCUCACUACCAGCAGCCAUCGCUGGCUUAGGUCUUGUGCCUGGUCUCAUUGUUCUGAUUGGCUUCGGGAUCCUAGCAUCUUAUACAGGAUAUGUGAUUGGACAAUUCAAAUGGAGAUAUCCUCAUAUUUCGAGCAUGGCUGAUGCUGGCGAGAUGCUUAUGGGUCGGUUUGGUCGCGAGUUGUUUGGAACAGCCCAAUUAUUGUUCUUGGUCUUCAUCAUGGCAAGCCAUAUUCUGACAUUCACGGUUGCAUUGAACGUCAUUACCAAUCAUGCCACCUGCUCUAUUGUUUUUGGGGUCGUAGCCUUCAUUAGUAUCUUCACCGCGGUCAUGAUAACCAUGAUUGCCGUGGGAAUACGAAACCCUGACACCAUUAUCCAUCCCACUUCCAAGACAAACCUUGUUACUGCAUGCACUGCUGCCGCCAACAUUGGCUUUUCUUACGUCAGCCACAACACAUUCUUCACGUUUAUGGCAGAACUUCAGGACGCAAGAGAUUUCCCAAAAGCUCUUGCUCUCCUGCAAACAAUUGACAUGACGCUAUAUAUUGUCGCUGCUGUGGUGAUAUAUCGAUUCGCUGGUCCUGACGUUGCCUCCCCGGCACUGGGCUCUGCCGGCCCAUUGAUAUCAAAGAUAGCCUAUGGCGUCGCUCUUCCUACAGUGAGAAAUAUCUACUAUCAUUUGAACAAAUAUUACUCAAUAUUUAUGGAAUAUCCACUCAUCAUUUCACUCGUUCAGAUUGUCAUUGCAGGUGUCAUCAAUAGUCACGUUGCCGCCAAGUCGAUUUAUAUCCGCCUCUUUGCCGGCACAGACCGUAUGCAUAAGCGAGACUGGGUUGCUGUCAGCUCGUGGAUUGGCAUUUCUUUUGGUCUUUGGAUAAUUGCUUGGAUAAUCGCAUCUUCCAUUCCAGUGUUCAGCGACCUUGUCAGCUUGAUUACUGCCCUUUUCGGAAGUUGGUUCACUUUCGGUUUCACGGGUAUGUUCUGGUUUUACAUGAACAAAGGCUUGUGGUUCUCGUCGCCCAGAAAGAUUUUCUUAACCGCUCUCAAUGCGUUUAUCAUUUGUGUUGGUGUCAUUCUAUGUGCUCUCGGUCUUUAUACUUCCGGAAAAUCCAUCCACGAUAAUCCUAGCGGCGCUAGCUUUUCGUGUGCCAACAAUGCAUGA